GCCUCUCCUUUUCAUCAGUUAUGGAGAAGAACUGGGAUUUUUCUUCUACUAAGCCUGAGGGGAUAAAUUGGGCUCAUUGCAAUGGCAAUUCAAGCCGUGAACCUUCUCUGCUUCUUCCAUUUAUGAUCAAUCCUCAGCUUUCAAGCUCAACUGAGGUUCAGUUUGAUGGGUUUCCUUCAUUUUCAACUUCAACAGAAGGAAUGGUUGCUGACGUUAGAGCAGUUUCUGCUUCCAAGAGCCAUAGCCAAGCAGAAAAGAGACGUAGGGACAGAAUCAAUGCUCAACUGGCGACUCUUAGAAAACUCAUUCCCAAGUCUGAUAAGAUGGACAAGGCAGCUCUGUUGGGAAGUGCAAUCGAUCAAGUGAAAGACCUGAAAAGAAAAGCAAUGGAAGUCAGCAAGAACAUGACAGUUCCAACAGAUAUGGAUGAAUUAACUAUUGAUUCUACCAUGGUUGAAGACAACAACAAGAACAAUAUUGCAAUAAAGGUAUCAGUGAGCUGCGACGAUCGGCCAGAACUGUUCGCAGAGCUCAUCCAAGUGAUCAAGGGGCUGAGGCUCACAACCAUAAGGGCAGAUAUGGCUAGCGUUGGCGGCCGCAUUAAAAGCAUACUUGUCCUUUGCAAUAAAGAUGGUGAAAAAAAUGUGUGCUUGAAAACUGUUCAACAGUCUCUUAAAUUGGUUUUAAGUCGAAUAUCGUCCUCGUCGGCCGCAUCAACCUGUCGUAUUAGAAGUAAACGACAGAGGUUCUUCCUCCCUUCUCACUAUUCCAAGUAAUUUUUCUUCUCAUAAAUGUCUUAAUUUGAUUAUAUUCUUUUACGUCUGGAUGACAGAAGUUGUGGGAUAGUUAUUUAGCUAUGAAGUUCAAAUUUUGUGUCGCUUGUUCCACGCCGCAGUUCGUAACAAAUUUGAACCGGAUUUUGGCAAAUGUUGAUCCACACGCCAUAUAAUUACUCAAAAGAAAGAUCCUUCGCUAGAAGUUCAUUCUUGCAUAGAUAUUGUGUUAUAAAUAAUUGCUUUUCGCAUUAUUCGCUAACAACAUUAAUUACAGUCACUGAAUUAUACGAUAUUAGGUAUAGUACGGGGAAAUUAAAACACUCAGAUAUCACAAAGCAAAACCUAUAACACAACAAUUUGAAAAUGAGUUGAGCGCACUAUGCGAGAUCGUGAACUCAUAGGAUACUAAUCUGAGAAUGUGUUUGGUACAAUCGUUCUAUUGGGAGACAGAAGGUAUUGGCAUGAGACAACUAGAAGAAAAAUGGAUCUAAAAACCAUCCUUAAACCGAUUCUAAACGAGUAGUGGCAUUGAUCUCCAGUCGUAAACGUGCCAUGUCAUUGCUACUUUGUUCAUGGAGGUAUGAGCAAUUAAGGUUAGGGAUUCAUUCAUACUUGAACUGAAGAGAAUGUUUUAGAUUACUGGUGGAAUCAACAGAUAAUUCAACGGAAAUUUCAGAAACUCCAGACAGCAAAUUCAAUAAUGUAGAUCAAAGUGCGAGGAAGUCAAACAAAAUUGCGUAUUGAAACUAAAAGAACUUGAUAAAAAAAAAAAAAAAAAAAA